AUGGCAAGCUUGAGGAAACUUGCACCAAGAUGGUCCAUGCCCAGAUUCCCCCUUAAUAGACUGUUCCAUGCAUGGCACCUUCGUCACUUCAUCUCAUGCGACAGCACCACGCUAGCCACACUUCAAGCUGCACUGCGAGGAGAUAAUGAUAAAGAAACUGAGCUGAAUGAGAUGUGGUCAACCAUUCAGGAGGAACUAGAGGACAUGUCGGGGGAUGAAGACAUCAGAAAUGACGAUGAGGACAUAGACAACGACUGA